AUGGCUUUUGUUAAGGUUUUGAAGAAUAAGGCAUACUUUAGCCGUUACCAGGUUAAACCACGCAGACGACGUGAAGGUAAGACUGAUUACCAAGCUCGUCGUGCUAUGAUUUCCCAGGACAAGACCAAGUACAAUUCACCAAAGUACCGUUUUGUUGUAAGGUUGACCAAUACAAAAGUAAUCUGCCAGAUUAUUUAUGCCACAAUUGAGGGAGACAGAGUAAUUUGCUCAGCUGAUUCUACAGAAUUACCAAGAUAUGGUGUCCCAGUUGGUUUAGCUAACUUUUCAGCAUCAUACUGCACUGGUCUUUUAUGUGCCAGACGUGUAUUAAAACAACUCAAUAUGGAUAAAAUCUUUACAGGAGUUGGCGAGAUUACUGGUGAUGACUACCAUGUUGAGGAGGAAGCUGAAGAUAGAAGACCAUUUAAAUGUAUUUUGGAUGUUGGCCUUACUAGAACAACUAGUGGAAACCGUGUAUUCGCUGCCAUGAAGGGUGCUACAGAUGGUGGAAUCUAUAUACCACAUUCACCAAACAGAUUCCCAGGAUUCACCAAGGGUGAAAAUGGUGCUGAGGACUCUUUCGAUGCUGAAGUACUCAAGGACCGUAUUCUUGGGAAACAUAUUUCCAACUACAUGUCUGAAAUGCAGGAGGAUGAUCCAGAGAAGUACAAAACUCACUUCUCUCAAUACAUUAAGGCCGGAAUCACUGCUGACAAGCUCGCUGAUAUGUACAAGAACGCUGUUAAGGCAAUCCAUGCUGACCCAUCUCGCCAAAAGAAGCCAGCAAGAAAGGUAACUAAGACUCGUGUUGGAAACACUAUUAAGACCGAAAAGUCCCAAUACGUUAGACACGUCAAGCUAACUAACCAACAAAGAAGGGAAAGAGUCCAAAAGAAGAUCGAACUUGUUGCUCAGUUGGCCGCUCAGGAAGAGUAA